AUGUGGCAGGUCAGUGGCCGCUCCCUGUGCCGGGCCAGUUCCCGUGCCUGGCAGAGGCGGCUGCCCUGGCCCGGCCCCGCGCCUGCAGCCCCCCGGAGCCGCGGCCCCGCGUGGAGCCCCGGGACAGCCCCCGCCCAGGGGCUCUCCUCCAUGGCCCCCUCCAUCCGCCUGUCGCCCGCCGCCCGCAGCCUCUUCGAUGAGCCGCUGGCCAUCGCCGUGCAGGGCCUCGGCCCGCGGCAGCAGGUCACUCUGCGGACGUCCUUGCGGGACGAGACCGGAGAGCUCUUCCAGGCCAGUGCCCUCUACCAGGCGGGCGACGACGGCGAGCUGGACCUCGCCCGCUGUCCUGCGCUGCCGGGAGGCAGCUUCUCCGGCCUGGAGCCCAUGGGGCUGCUCUGGGCUUUGCAGCCCCAGAAGCCUUUUUGGCGGCUGGUAAAGCGGGACGUGCAGAGCCCCUUCCUCCUGCAGCUGGAGGUGUUCGAGGGCCACGGGGAGCGCCCCGGGCGGCUCCUGGCCCAGGCGCAGCACGAGCGGGCGUUCCUGCGGGACGGGGUGCGCAGAGUCCCGGUGCGAGAAGGGAGGAUCCGGGCGACGCUUUUCCUGCCCCCCGGAGAAGACACCUUUCCAGGGGUCAUUGAUAUACAUGGACUUGGAGGAGGUCUUUUUGAGCCCAGGGCAAGCCUGCUGGCCAAUCAUGGCUUUGCCACACUCGCCCUGGCUUAUUAUCAAUUUGAGGAUCUGCCCCAGGAACCAAAGGAACUCCACCUGGAAUAUUUUGAAGAGGCAGUGAACUAUAUGCUGCAGCACCCACAGGUGAAGGGUCCAGGUGUUGGCCUGCUCGGUUUCUCCAAAGGAGGUGAAGUGUCCCUUGCCAUGGCUGCCUUCCUGAAGAACAUCAUGGCUGUUGCUUCCAUGAAUGCCCCUGUUGCUGCUACAUGUAUUCCUUUCUCUUACAAGGAUAAAAUCAUCCCCACUGUGACCUUAUAUGAACACAAAGCCAAGGCCACCAAUUCCAAAUUUCUUGAUUAUUCUGAUGUCAUUGAUGAUCCUUUUCAAGCCCCUGGCAACCAAAGCCGGAUCCCACUAGAGAAAGCUGAGGCACAGUUUCUGUUCAUGGUGGGCCAAGAUGACCGUGUGGUCAAAAGUGAAUAUUAUGCUACUGAAGUCUGCAAGCUUCUGCAGGCUCAAGGGAAGGAAAAUUUUCAGAUGCUCUCCUGCCCUGGAACAGGGCACUGCAUAGACCCACCCUUUUUCCCUUUGUACCCCAUAGGAAGCCACCCUGUUUUUCACAAGCGAGCAGUCCUGGGUGGGGAGCUCAGGGCUUAUUCUAAAGCUCAGGUUCAUGCUUGGUCACAAAUCCAGGCAUUUUUCAAAAAGUAUUUAAUUGUUAACUAAUGUGCAACAAAUAAUGUGCAAGCAACACACAAUUUUGAACAACCAGAUCUGAUAAAUUCUGCUACAUUUAUCAGGUCAACCCUUGUCACAGCUGUACCAGUACAACUACAGUAUAUUUCAUUAUUUUGCACAUCCAUAACACAGAAAAUAAUUGGGUUUGCCUUUUCUGUUCCUCUCUCAACCUUUUUGCUCAAGUGUCCAGAAAAGGAAUGGUGUUUUUUGCAUCAGUCUUUGAUGAAACAGGUCAUGUGCAAAAUGCGCAGUUAUGUUUCUUGGGUGGUUUCUAUUCCUCUAAUACUUGACAGUGCUUUCCAUGUCACUGUGGUCUCUACAUGCAUAUGCUAUCCUCAGGUCAUACUAAUUGUCUCUAAUGACAAUUUUGGAGCAGCGAUUUCACUGCUCUUCUGGUGACUGUGUCAUUGCAAUGGAAACGUGUCUGACUUCUGUGCGGCUGGAAGUGUGUAAGAAUGGCUGCUGUGGCCAGGAUACUGGGCUGUCUCUGGUUAAGCCUUGGAAAAGG